CCGCCCGGCCCCGAUUGGCGGCGGCCAGUCUCCGCCCGCCGCGGCCGCGGUCGCCCUGCUCCGUACGGCGCCCGCCGCAAUCACAGCGGCCGCGGCGGCGACAACCCCCCAGGCAGCGCGGGUGGCCUGAUUAUUACCCAGCUGUUUGGAUUUUUGGUCUUGGUGGACUAUUUUCCCAAAGGAAGUUUGGGAACACAGAGGGAACAGGCUGUUGACCAGAAGAAUUGCUCUAGCAGCUGCCAUCCACUGCCGAAUGUGGUCUUCCUUAAGCAUCCCUCUCUUAGUAAAUCAGAGAUGUCUGCUAGUAAUGUGAUGGAAAAUGGCCAAGGGACCUCAAGGAGGAAGACAGGCUUUUAAGAGCUGUCUAAGUUGUUCUGGCAAUAGCUAUCCAGUUCUGGCUGCGCUGUUUCCAGGGACUAUGCAAAGUGCCCAAGAGCAUCUACGUGUGCACAUGCCGUGGUUCUGCACUUACAGAUCUGAACCUACUAUGCCUGGGAAAUGUGCCUUUUUCCCUGCCAUGGACCCCAAAGCAAAGUGAACUGUUCUGCCAGGAAGCCUUGUUUUGUCGCCUGAAACUUCUGCAUCGUCUGCAACUUUUUCUCAACAAAGACGAGAAAUCUGAGGACCUGUAUAUCAUCACAUCCCACGGGAGACUGUUGAAUUCCCUGCAGAGGGACUGCUUGUGAGGUUUUUUUUUUUUAAUUAUUUGUGGAGUAAAGAAAGAAGAGAGAUGAUACUGAAAGCAGUUGUGCUGUUGGGCUGUGCUCUGGGCAUCAGUGCAUUAACUCUCGAAGAACCUGAAGAUGGAGGCAAGCACUGGGUGGUGAUCGUUGCAGGUUCAAAUGGCUGGUACAACUAUCGACACCAGGCAGACGUGUGCCAUGCGUACCAGAUCGUACACAGAAAUGGAAUCCCAGAUGAACAGAUCAUUGUCAUGAUGUAUGAUGACAUUGCAGAUAACGACGAAAAUCCAACGAAAGGCAUUGUCAUCAAUAGACCUAACGGCACAGAUGUGUAUGCAGGAGUACCCAAGGACUAUACAAAGGAGGAUGUUACUCCAAAGAAUUUCCUUGCUGUUCUCAGAGGGGAUGCAGAAGCAAUGAAGGGAGUAGGAUCAGGAAAAGUGCUGAAAAGUGGUCCCAAGGAUCAUGUGUUUGUUUAUUUCACUGACCAUGGAGCUCCAGGACUUCUGGCUUUUCCUGAUGAUGACCUUCACAUGAAGGACUUGAAUAAGACCAUUUGGUACAUGUACCAUCACAAAAAAUACCAAAAGAUGGUAUUUUACAUUGAAGCAUGCGAGUCUGGAUCUAUGAUGAAUCAUUUGGCUGAUAACAUCAACGUUUAUGCAACAACUGCUGCUAAUCCCAGAGAAUCAUCUUAUGCAUGUUACUAUGAUGAUGAAAGGCAGACUUACCUUGGUGACUGGUACAGUGUGAACUGGAUGGAAGAUUCAGAUAUGGAAGAUCUAAGAAAAGAAACGCUGCACAAGCAGUUUCAACUGGUGAGGAGGCGCACCAACACCAGCCAUGUGAUGCAGUAUGGAAACAGAAGCAUCUCCUCUAUGAAAGUGAUGCAGUUUCAGGGCAUGGGGAAGAAAGCAAUCCCCAUUUCUCUGCCACCUGUAGAACACUAUGACCUGACUCCUAGCCCUGACGUGCCUCUUGCAAUCAUGAAACGAAAGCUGAUGGCUACCAACAAUAUUUAUGAGGCUAAGAAGAUUGCAACAGAGAUGAAAACACACCUGGAGGCUAAAGAAUUUAUCCAAGAAUCUAUGCGAAAGAUUAUCACCUUAGUAACAGGAUCAAAAGAAAAGACCAACCAAAUUCUGUCAGACAGGAUGACCAUCAGCAGUUAUGACUGCUACCAGGCAGCGGUGAACCACUUCAAAGCUCAUUGCUUCAACUGGCACUCUCCUGUGUAUGAAUAUGCAUUGAGACAGCUCUACGCGUUGGUCAAUGUUUGUGAAGAAGGAUAUCCCAUCGACAGAAUACGCCUGGCCAUGGACAAAGUGUGCCUUGGAUUAAUGUAAACCUCAAAUUAGUGGAAACAACAGUCCUUAUAAUAGCCCUUACUACAAGUGAUAACUUUUCAUAACUAUAAUAAUCCAGACUUUACAUACAUGCAACAUGAAGAGGAUCAACCACUGCAUCAGUCUUAAGUACUGUAUUGGGCAGCUGUCCAUGAGCAAUACAGCACUUGCCAGUGCUUUCCCCUGCAUCCCUGCCUGCUGACGGUCUGGUGGUUUGGUAGAGCCAUUCUGGCAGACCACAGGGAGCUUUCAAGGUAGAUGAUUUGUUUCAAAGUGCAAUGCUCCAGGAGUUUUUGAAUGAACACUACAAGCCAUCUAUCGAUGAUUCUAAUUCUAUACUAAAUUUAAAUGUUGACUAAUUAAUUAUGGAAAAAAUUUAUAUUAGUGCUACCUAUUAGCUUUUUAAAGAAAUUUUAAUGAACAUCCAUUUACAGUGACCAAGUCGCACAUUGGUUGAAGAAAGAAGAAACCAAAGUUUGUUGUUUAAGCUUUAACUCCUUAACAGUUUAAAAAAAAAGAGCUGAUUUCAAGAAUUAUCAUAUGUGUUAAACUGUGAACAGCAAGUGUCUUUUUGGGUAGAAAGCAUUGUCUCCUAAAGAAAAACACAAAUAUCUAUAAUGCUGUAAUUUUAUCAUCAGUAUGAUAUAAGUAAAUGUAUGUACACACAAACCUCUGGGAAGUCAGAACUUGGCCUAUGAAUGAAAAUAAAAGUUGGGAGUUUCAUCAA